AUGGUACUGGAAGAGGGGGAAAAUGACAAAGAGGCAGCGAAGUUAGCAUUAGAGUAUGUCAGCAGAGUAGAACAAAGUCCAUGUACUGGUGGAACAGAGGAAACACUAGACCUUAUGUUCAAUCAUACAACUUGGAGAGAGUACACCCAACCAGCCAUUCUAACAUCAAACUUCUUGACAUCGGUUAUACUGGAAAACAGUGGUUCUCUCGAUUCAUUGACGGACGAAAUACUUUUCUCUUUAGUAAGAAACAAUGUAAAUGGCCAGUCGAUUAUAUUUGGAUCUGCUAUUGCUGUCGAAGCAGGGUUAUAUACAAAAUAUUCUUCAUUCUGUCCAUAUGCUUACCGCAAAAAUGGAACCGUCUUUGCCCAUGAUAUUUCCUUGUCAUAUAAUUACCUAGACAGCAACACAGAGUGGUAUUAUGUCUUAAAGACAACAAACUGGGAAAAUGCAACCAGAACAAGCUCAAAGAUUAAAUAUAGAUCAGGAGGUAUGUCACUACCAGACCAACAACAUGUUUUACUGACAGCUAAACUGUCAGAUGGUCACUGGACCAAGCCAUACUUCGAUUGUGGGGGAGGUGAUGUUUGGAUGGUAACAUUCUCGUCUCCUAUAUUUUCCUUGAGCGGAGAUGGAGAACCAAAGUUUCAAGGUGUAGCCACCAUUGACAUUGAGCUUACAAAUAUCGACAUAAACCAAUGUGAUCCAGACACCAAUACGUUUAGUGCUUUGGAUGUAUUUCGGGGAACUCAUAGAUGUCCUGAAACAACAGAGUGUAGUUUUCUCCAAGGACUAGGGUUUAAAAGAGGAGCAUACCAGUGUGUUUGUAGUAAGGGAUACUUUUUCCCUGACACCAAUGCUGAAGUAAAAGCUUUUAGUGGUAAAGAUGUAGAAAAUUACUUAACUCUGUCGAAUACAACAGAUUUCACACAAUAUACAUGUCUCCCGUGUAAAGAGGGCUGUACUGAAUGUGUCGAUGACUCCCCAUGCUUGUAUGAGUUCCUGUUUGUGUUCAGGUUCCUGGCAAUUAAGACCGGAAGUCCUAUUUUCUUGUUGUUCAUGUGUGCUGGCGGUAUGUUAAUGUGUAGUACGGGAUUUUUUGCCUAUCCAAAAGCUUUAGAAUUUCUAUGUGUCAUACAAAAUUGGGUAUUUCAUAUAGGUUUCAACUUCAUGUAUGGCGCGUUAGUGGUUAAGACAUGGAGAAUAGCUGUAAUUUUCAGACCAACAAGUAAAUUGCAGAGAAUUAAUUUACCGGACAAAGAACUGUUAAAACGGUUUUUGCCAAUGAUGAUAUUUGUUAGUGUUUAUCUAUUAGCCUGGUCGAUAGCAGAGAAAGGGGAAACAGUAACCUUAGAAACUUCCAGUUUAUUAAAAUAUGACGUUUGUUUAAGUAGUUACUGGCUUUAUGCCAUUCAAUGCGCUGAAGUUUGUCUACUUUUGGUUGGUGUGUAUAUCUGUUACAUGGUGAGAAAAGCACCAGGUCAUUUCAACGAAAGUAAAUACAUAACAUGGGCAGUCUACAACGGAAUCAUUCUGGGAAGCUUUCUCUUGAUUCUAACACAUUUGAUUGGUCAUUCAUAUGGACCAGAUCUGCUGUAUCUCUUACAAGGUUUACAGAUUCAAGCAUUUGUAACAAUAACAUUGACAUUAAUUUUCAUUCCUAAGUUAUUAGCAUUAUACAAAAAAGAGGAUGUAAAGAGAGCCAACGAUACCUUCGCCACGGCUUACGCCAGCAAGUACAUCAGAACAAAUAAUAUUGAAAGUGCCUCUUCUAAGACAGUUAGUACACAGACUUAUGAAAACGUAACACCAGGCCCUAAGGAGAAAACGUUUUGGACGUCACUAACCAAGAUUUCUAAUAAUAGAGUAGAACCCAUCGUCGACCAUUUGUCUGUUCCAACAACAUGAUAACAACGAAAGUGAAACAAUCAUAAAAAUCAGUCUUAAGUGGUUAACAUCCAUAAUUGUCAAAUAGUUAAGAAAGUUCCCGAGUGCUCAUUAUCUGUGUUAUAACCACGAAGUAGUUGAACUUUUAUGAGUGGUACAUUUAAAUCAUAUUCCAAACUCAUAUAAAACCAUCUUAGUUUUACAACAUAUGGUAUAUAUAGGCAAAGAAAGGGUGUAUGAACACGUGUAAAUCCUGCCACAUUGUGUAACUGUAGGUGUCAGACCACCAAUUUUAAAUCCCUAUACAUUCAACCAAAUUUUGCAAUUUUUACAGCUUUCUUAAUAUUUUACCUUAACUUAAACUUCAUAGAAACCAGGUAUAUCCUGAAUUGUACAUGUAUCACCUUUCUACAUGCCAAUUUUCAACCCAUGUUUAAAGUCUUGUAAGAAAGAACUGCCUUUCGGAAGACAAGUACUAGUAAAAAUAACCCCUAGUUUUCUGGAAAUCAUAAUUUAGUAUAAUAUAGAGCGCAUUAAUCCUCAAGUUUUAAUGCAAACUCUUAGACAAGUAAAUUUUGUCUCAAAAUGGUCUAAAUAUAUUUCUCUUUCACCAAAAGUUUCAUUUCUGCAAAUUUGUGGGUUAGUUUAAGUAAACAAUAGCACUAUUUUGUGUCAGAGUAGGGCUACUUUUACCUACGUUCUAACUUGGAGGGAGUGAAUUGGUGGUCUGACACCUGUACCAAGUCAAACUAUCUUGACGAUGUGUUCUUCUUUGCUGUUUGUCUUAGUUUCUUUUUCGUUUAUUUUCUGUCGGAGGAAUCGGUUGUUGGUGGUUGAUGUGGAUUGUUUAAAUUGUGCUAUAUUUUUGACAUUUCUGUAAUCCAUUUUUGAUGAAUUUAGUAAUAUGUUGAAAUAUAUAUCAAAUAAAUAGAUUCAUGACAACGAG